AUGGGAAGAGCACCUUGUUGUGAGAAAGUAGGUUUGAAGAGAGGAAGAUGGACAUCAGAGGAAGAUGAAAUUUUGACCAAAUAUAUUAAAGCCAAUGGAGAAGGUUCUUGGAGAUCAUUACCCAAAAAUGCAGGGUUGCUUAGAUGUGGAAAAAGCUGUAGAUUAAGAUGGAUAAACUAUUUGAGAGAUGAUCUCAAAAGGGGAAAUAUAUCUGCUGAGGAGGAAACUCUCAUUGUCAAGUUGCAUGCUUCUUUUGGCAACAGGUGGUCUUUGAUUGCAAGCCAUUUGCCUGGAAGAACAGACAACGAAAUUAAAAACUACUGGAACUCUCAUUUGAGUAGAAAAGUUUACACUUUCCGAGGAACAACAACAACAAAUUACGAUAAUAGGAAUAAAGAAAAUCCUUCACAAGGAAUCUUAGUUAAUACACCUCCCAAACGAAAAGGUGGUAGAAUUAGUAGAAAGGCUAUGAAGAAAAAUAAAGACUAUACUCAAAGAGUUAUCGAAAGCCCAAAUGGGCUUUCUUCUGUUAACGAAGAUAGCCCAAAUGGGCUUAAGUUGCCAUGCAUUGUCGAUGAAAAUAUUAAAACUGAUCGUGACCGCACGUUGGGGCAAGAUCAAAAUCCAAAUCCGAAGGCUAUUAAUGACGAUCAGACAGUGGAUUUUAAUGAUAUUAAUAGAGACACAUGGGAGGUGGACAAAGAAAGAGAAAGUAAUGAUGAAAUGGUUGCAACAAUUGAAAGAGUUGGGGACAAAGGUACAAGUACUAAGAAGUUGGGAACACAUGACACUGAGAAUAAUGGUGUGACAAGUAAUGAUUUGGAUUGGGAUAGUGUUGUGCCAUUGUUGAAUAUCAAAGUCAGCAAAGGACAAUCUUUGUCAUGGGAGUUAAGUGAAAACAUGUUAACUUGGUUGUGGGAUGAUGAUGAAUGGGACAAGGAUUUUCAUAAGUACACAGAGAUUGAUCCUGAUCAGCAACAAAAUGCUAUAUUUUCUUGGUUUUAA